AUGGCAACAGCUAAUGAUCUCGAAAGGAGUUCAUGGUCUGCACUCCAAACUGACGUAAUGGACGAAAUUUUGAAGUAUUUUUACGGCACCACGGACGUGGAUGCCGUUUUUGCAAUAUGGAAAACCUGCAAGGCGUGGAGGAGCACAGUUCGGUCCAUUGUUCCUUACCCACCCUCCGAUCCCCGCUAUCCUUAUCUUCUAUCUCUCAAAGAUCAGACGUGUAGGUUCGUCCAUCCGUUCUAUGGUCAUACUUUCUGCUUAGAGUUUCCUGAGUUAUUAGAUACACAUAUUCGUUUCUCUAAAUUCGGCUGGCUUCUUUUAACGCGAGGAGACUAUACUCACUUUUUCUUCAAUCCCUUCACAAGACACAAAAUUGACAUCCCCGACAACUUUAUGCCCAAGAAUCAUUAUGCACAAUGCAUCAAAAUGUGUUUUGAUGAUUGCUACAUUGUUGGAAUUGGUCCUUGUGGCCUCUUCUUAUUUGUUCCUAGUCAAUCUUGGAAACUAUAUAUGUAUCUUCAAGAUUCUAACUGGGAAUCCAAUUUAUCUAAGGAAGUAUUCGUUGGUAGAGAUCGCGCUCAGGCUUCUCACUCUCAUCCCGUCAUACAUAAGGACAAGUGUUAUGUUUUGGGACUAGAUGGCCAUCUUCUAGUAUUUGAUUUCAAGACGAGAAAAUUUGAUUUGAUCUGGCAGCCUUUUCUCCAAAAGAAAGUUGAUUCCGUCUAUAGAAGUUUCUUGGUCAUAAAUAAUGGAAAACUAUUAGGUAUAUUUGAAUUCGAUGGCCGAAAUAAAAUUCUGAUUCGGGAGCUAAAGAUAUCUACGAAAAGAUGGCAGAAGGUGUCUGACAUAGGUGACAAAAUGGUGUAUGUCAGUUAUGGAUCAUCCUUUAUCGGAAGUGCUCCGACGGGAGUUGAAGGUGGCAAGAUUUAUUUUCCGCAAGUACUAGAAGAUGAAUGUAUUUUCUAUUCUCUUACUAGUAGAAAAUGCCAAUCGAGUUCGAAUAGUUAUUCAAGUAAAAGUCCGGUUGAUGUUGAAGAACUCACAAAUUGUACUUGGAUUGAGUCAUUGCCUUUUAAAAAAAAUUAA